UGAGCGAUAUACAUACAUUGCUUGGGCAGGUCGAAUCCACGUGGAGUCCAGCUUGUCGCCGGGGUUGGAGGAUCUAUUGAGAAUAGACGGAGAGAGGAGGAGAAGUAGAGGAAAGGCCGAUAGCAGAAGCAACAUGCUCAACAUAAGAUGAAGACCAAGAUGAAAGGAGUGACAUAGAGGGCUUUUUACGCAUUUGCCUUUUCUUUUUAAACCACAGAUUUGGGGAUUGGAAGCGGCCAUUGCCAUUCCCACCACCGCCCAGGUGGGGUAGAGGAAAAAAAGCCACUUUGUGGGCAGCAAACAUACCGCCUUCAUUUCUUUGCUAUUGAGCGGAGGGAGGGCAGACUCGAGAGAGGAUUUAGGGCAUCUAUACAAGGAGGAUUUAAGGUUUUAUACCCGGACUGCUAUUUACAGGGCUUUUCAAGAGAUCGACAAGGGGGCUGCCAAUGCUAUUUAGGACAGGCUGCUCCACGUUUGGGUGUAGCGUAGACAUAUUGGCAGUAUUAGCAGCAGUGGAGUUUGAGAGUAAAAAGAGGGGAUGUCUUGGCCAGGCUCGGAGGACAUCUUCCUCUCAACUUCUCUCGCCAGCUAUCUAGACAAAAAAUUAUUGGUUUUGCUUCGAGAUGGCAGAAAGCUUAUUGGGAUUCUCCGUUCAUUUGAUCAGUUUGCAAAUGCUGUACUAGAAAAUGCUUUUGAGAGGGUAAUUGUUGGAGAUCUCUACUGUGAUCUACCACAAGGUCUAUAUGUGAUUCGAGGUGAAAAUGUCGUACUGAUAGGAGAGAUGGAUCCUGAGAGGGAGGACCUUCCAGCUAAUAUGAUUCAGGUUUCUUCCACAGAAAUUGAAAAGGCUCAGAAAGAGGAGAGAGAUGCAACGGACUUGAAAGGAUCUAUGAGAAAACGAAUGGAGUUUCUUGAUUUAGAAUAGCCACUGGAGACUGUAAUGUCACCUAUAUCUCCCUUGUUGAAAUAUUCCAUGUGGAUGUAGUAAUUUUUUUCAGGGUAUAAUAUGGAGCAGUGUAUUAGAUAUAUGUGUCCUGCCAGUUUGGCGAGUUUUGUGCUGAAUGGCCCGCAAAUAUUAUCGCGGAUGGCGCAUAUGAAAACAUUUGGUUGGAAAGGGCUUUGAACUUUUCAACUGAUUGAUGAAUUGCAAUCCAUAUACCUGCAGAAAUCAAGUGUUCAAUGGCAUAAUGAGUACCUAAGGUUAAGUGAUUAUUAGUUCAUUGUUAGUGUGUUCUUGAGUUCUAUUCUGCUUUUAAUAAGAUUGUUAAUAGUCUUAGGAAGUGAACAUCAUCCUCACGCUGCAUGAUGUUCUCAGUUUGGCUAUAUUAUUUUUUGUAAGAUAUGGCCAUGGCCAUGGAGCACUCCAUUGCGCUUCAGAAGGAUGAAUACUAAUAAAGGGCGAGUGAAUACAUCUGGAUGUUUUAAAUGCCAGAACACAGGUUUGGUUUUUGCA